AUGGCCGAAGAACUAGAAGUGAUGAGGAACUGGGUCGCAGAACUAGGAGGAGAGAAGGAAAAGUUUAAAGAAGAGUUAGCAACAAAAGCAGAAAAAGUGACUUCACUGCAGAAAGAGUUAGAAAAUGAGAAGAAGUUGACCCAAGUUCUGGCUGCAGAAGCUCAGGCUAUGAAGAACUGGGUCGCAGAACUAGGAGGAGAGAAGGAAAAGUGUAGAGAAGAGUUAGCAACAAAAGCAGCAGAAGUGACUUCACUGCAGAAAGAGUUAGACAAUGAGAAGAAGUUAAUCCAAGUUCUGGCUGCAGAAGCCCAGGUUAUGAAGAACUGGGUUGCAGAACUAGGAGGAGAGAACGCCACGCUUCAGGAUGAGGAAGGAGCAAACAGGAGCAGAAAUCUCCAGGAUGCUCUCCAACAUGGGAAGGAGAUGGAAAAUUUGUUGAGAGAAGAAAAGAUGAGAGGAAAUGAGAUGGCGGCUUUCCUGAGAACCUUCAAAGUAGAGCUCAAUAACAGGGACCUACAAAUUGAAAACCUCCUAAACAUGAAAAGGAAAUUGAUAAGUGAAAAAGAAGAACUUUUGCAGGAACUAGGCGUUGCUCUCAGUCACAGCAAGGAACUGGACAGCUUGCUGGAGGAGGCAGGCAAGCAGGCGACAAAACUCGCAAACGAUUUCGAGGAAGAGGUCCAGAAAAGGGAGGACCAAAUGAAAGAUUUCUUAGGCAAGGAGGAACAACUCAGAGUUGAAAAUCUAGAGUUGGAAGACAGAUUAGAAAAUGCUGUCAAUCUUCUGAUUAAAGAAGAGAGGGAAAAUGUUACAUUGGCAGCAAAAUCGUUAACAGAGGAAGAAGACGGACGCCUGGAGGAUAGAUGA